GACGUUAACGAUCAGGUUGGUCUGAUAAAAAAAGGCUGCAGAGUCUAAAUUCAGUGCUGCUCACCAAAAGAAAACUACAUGGUGAACAGAGAACAGUUUCUAAUAGUGCAGCAGUAGCGCAUCAUUUAUAGUGCAUCAAUCCUAUGCAGUUUUUUAUGCAGCAAAUCCAAAUCCGUUCUUUGAGAAGCCAUCAGCACGGUGAAGAUGAAGUUUGAGAAUGUCCUGGAGGAAAUCGACGGUUUUGGGCCUUUCCAAAUUGCCAUCAUCAUCCUGCUGUGCACCCCUCGAAUAGUUCUGCCCUGUCACUUCUUAUUGAAUAACUUCAUCGCUGCGGUGCCUCCUCAUCGUUGUGACAUCAGCACACUGGAUGAUGGAGGACUCUUCAGAAACUUAACGCAGGAGCAGAGACUGACCGUCAACGUUCCUGUACGAGAAGAUGGGGAUCCAGAAUCCUGUGAGAUGUUUGCAGAGCCUCAGCUUCAACUCUUAGCCAACAGCUCCAACAGCGCUGACCUGCCAACAGUUCAGUGUCAGAGCGGAUGGGUUUAUGACAACUCCACCUUCGCUUCCACCCUGGCAACAGAGUGGGACCUCGUCUGUGAUAGAAAAAGCCUGACAAAGACCACAAGCACAAUCUUCUUUUUUGGAGUGAUGAUGGGGGCCAUAGCUUUUGGAUACCUCUGUGAUAAGUAUGGGAGGAGAAACACUCUUUUGGCCUCAUACAUCAUGGCGAUUGUGUUUGGCUUCUGCAGCGCAUUUGCAAACUCCUACGUUCUGUUUGCAGUGCUGAGAUUUCUCACUGGGUUCGGACUGACAGGAAUCAGCCUCAAUUCAUUGGUUCUCAGCAUUGAGUGGGUCGACACAAGUCAUAGGUCGUUCAUCGGUGUGAUUGGCAGUCUGGCCUGGUCUGCAGGUAACAUGCUGCUGGCUGGGCUUGCCUUCCUGGUAAAUGACUGGCGGACUCUGAUUAUGACUGUUACAGCCCCACUAGGAUUUGCAGUUUUGACCUGGUGGUGGAUUCCUGAAUCUGCCCGGUGGCUUUUAGCCCACGGUAAAGCGGAAAGGGCUCAGUUUUACCUCGAGAAAUGCGCUAAGUUCAACAAAAGACCAAAACUGUCAUCCAAAUUAAAACUGGAGACACUCUCCAACAUGGAAAUCCUGGAUGAGCAGGACAAAAACUACACUUACCUUCACCUAAUCAAGACCCCAAAGAUGAGACGGUUAACGCUACUGACUGGGAUUGUGUGGUAUGGAGUUGCCUCGACAUAUUAUGGUAUCAGCUUGAACAUCAGUGGAUUUGGUUUAAACAUUUACCUCACACACUUCAUCUAUGCAGCCAUUGAAGUCCCUGCCAAGCUGAUGAUCUAUUGCUUUCUCAACUUCAUUGGACGGAGAAAAUGCCAAGCUGGAACACUGUUACUGACAGGAAUCUGCAUCGCCAUAAACAUCUUUCUUCCAAAAGGUCUGUGGCAUGUGCGUGCUGUUGUUGCCAUUCUUGGAAAAGGCCUAUCAGAAGCUUCCUUCACGACUAUCUUCCUCUACACAACAGAGCUUUACCCCACGGUCGUCAGGCAAAAUGGCUUGGGCUACACCAGCUUCAUGAGUCGUCUGGGAGUUUCAGUCGCUCCGCUCAUCCUGCUGCUAGAGGACGUGUGGACUCUUCUUCCUCAGAUCAUCCUCUGCUCUGUGGCCAUCAUUUCUGGCCUAGUGUCUCUGCUGCUUCCAGAGACACUGAAUGUGAGGCUGCCAGAGACAAUUGACGACAUUGAAAAGCCAAGAAGAAAUGACAUCUCCUCUCACUCCGUGGAGUCUUCAGGUGUGUUCCUGGAAUCAAAGAGCACAGCAGACGCUUAGCAGUGAGGGGACAAGUGAAACAAGGACGUUGUUUAUGUGCUCAUACACAUCACACAGAACUACCAGCCUUUUGUAAAUGAACAUCUUGUCUUCUCUGCUUUUUGUAAGAAAACUCAGGUCAAAGAGUGUUUUGAUUUGUAAACAUCAAGAUACAAUCGAAUAUUGAAGAUCAUUUAUUUAUAAGGCAGAAACAGAAUAAAUUACGCACUCACUGGUUCAUCUA